UAUCUUAUUCUUAAGUAAGCAGUGAAGUGACAAUGCAGACGAUCCAUUGAUUUUUGCUAUAAACUAGUGAUCUUUGCACCGGUUAUAGUUCUUCUAUCUGUUCCUCUGUUUAUAAGAAAUAUUCAUUGCGGUUCUUAUUAAAUUAUAUCAAUUGUUAUAUUGCAGACAUAGAAAUCAUUGAAAAUGAGCGGAUCUUGGGAAGAGUUUUUCGCGACGCAUCUGCCACCAACCGAUUUUGAGGACAAUCGUUCGCUUCUCAAGGAAUUCUGUGAGCGGCACGACAGACAGGGACACAAGAUAGUACUUGUCACUUCCGGCGGUACCACAGUACCACUAGAGCACAACACGGUCAGAUUUGUGGACAACUUCAGUGCGGGGAAACGUGGCGCGGCGUCAGCGGAAUAUUUCCUGGAACAAGGGUACGCGGUGAUCUUCAUGCACCGACAGAAGUCUCUGGAACCCUUCACGAGACACUUCAAUGGACCCAAGCUGCUGGAUAUGCUUGAGAUACAGGAACAAGACAAUAAUACUACUAUUAGAGUAAAACAGGACAGUGUGUUCGCACUAGCGCCAGUACUGUCCCGGUACCAAGCGGCACACGCUGCGGGCGCCAUCUUGCACAUAGCGUUCACAACCGUGUCGGAAUACUUCUGGUUGUUGCGAGCGGCUUGUGAAGUGCUGGCCAAGUCUGGGCCAAGGGCUUUGUUGUUCUUGGCCGCGGCGGUUUCUGAUUUCUAUAUACCGAAGGAUAGUAUUCCCACCCACAAAAUGCAGUCAGAAAGUGGUGCUCCAGUGAUCCAUUUACACUUAGUGCCUAAAAUGCUGGCGCCACUCGUUAACCUGUGGGUGCCUAACGCGUUCGUCAUCUCGUUUAAACUGGAAACUGAUGAGAACCUGCUUAUACCUAAAGCUAGAGCCGCGUUGGACAAGUAUAAACAUAAAGUGGUAGUCGCGAAUAUGUUACAAACGAGGCAUCAGCGAGUGGUCGUCGUGACGAAGGAGGCUAACCAAGAAAUCGUCCUCACCAGAGAAGAAGUUCAUGCAGGUGUAGACAUAGAAGCGUCAAUAGUCGAGGAGAUAAUCCGACUGCACGGCGCGCACGUGACGUCACGCGGCGCGCGCUGAGCCGCGGCCGGCCGUCUAGCGAGACUGUACCUGGUCGACUAGGCGGGGGGUUGCACCGAGUGGGAGUUUUGUUUUUUAAUUUUUUGAAAUUGGAACAGGCCGUUGUUGAUGUACAGUUCUUUUUUUUUUUUGGAACUGGCUGUUUUUUGACAUUGGCUUUUUUUUCUAAAUUGCAUUUAUUGAAUGCCAGAUAUAAGUUCUAUUGGAAUAGUGUAGCCUAUUUACUACAAAAAUUGUCGUAAAUAGGCUGUAAUAAUUCGGUUGUUUGAUGUAUCUUUACUGUUUUGUUUUUGUUAAAGUUUUCCUUAUGCUAAAAUGGGAUGUUUUUGAUUAUUAUCAUUUGCUGCUUCAACUUGAAUUCUAUUAAAUUGUUUUUUGUUUACGAUAACUAAUAUUUUCACAUUUUUAAAUUAUCAUGUUUAAUUAAUUUUUAUUAACGUACUAAAAUUUGAAACUCCCAUGGCAACCCUAUAUGAAGAACUUAAAAAUGGUGACUGAAAAAGUAAAAAAAGUGCAGUGUUAGUGCUAAGUGUCUUAGUGUAAAAGUGAAAGUGUGCUAUUCGUCUUCUCUUCUUAUGUUACUACAGAUUAAAAAAGUAUUUGAUGCUUUAAAAAACCAGCACAAUAAAUAUACUGCUUUUAAAUCCUUGGGUAAGUUGUACUGUGUUAUUGAAUGUCUAUGGUUUCAUAGACAAAUUGAUAGUUUUGUUUCAAUUAUCUGUAAUCUUUCAAUAAACAACUAUAUACCA